AUGAGCGCUUCCUCCGGUUCUAAGACGCGCGAUACGGUGGCUUUUAUUACAAAUGAAGACCACCAAGCCAGUCAGCACUACAAGGAGCGUAUUUGCGAGGAGCUACUGCGUUCCCAACUUCAGCAAAUUGAGCGUUUGGAAGUUAACCUCAAGCGAGUGUUCAAAUAUUCUAAUAAGCUGAUGAAUACACAUGAGGAGAUUGCGGUCAUUCUGGCCCACGAAAAGGACGCUGCUAAUCGCCUGGCCACAACUGUUGGAGCCUCCACACACAACGUUGGCUACGUCCGUCGAAUGAUGUGGCACUCGAACAGCGCUGCAGCAUACAGCUGGAACGUCCAUUGUGAGCGACAAACGCGUUGGAUGCAAAAGGAAGAAGUAUUUGGCUAG